ACGAUGCCCUAGCUCUCCAUUCAAGGCCACUCCACAAGGGGGAGUUCUAGAGCAAUUCGAUCAAAUAUUUGCCAUUUAUCCGCAAUCACACCACGCGUUUCUAUAGGAAAUCGAAAAAAAAAAUUCUAAAAAAUCAGCCCCAAAGAGUUCGCCAACUUUGGAAAAUUGUGUGUUCAUUGAAGUGAAAUAUGUCCUAAAUAAGUGCCUCAAUAGAAGAGGCGCAAGCAUACAACAAAUGGUGCUAAUAGUGAUUACGGUUUCUCUCUAUUUCUCUAUACUUGUUUCUCUUUAUUACUUGGAGGAAAAUAUGCUUUAAAUUCGAAAUGGUUUAUAACAAAAGAAGAAAAGAAACAAAGCAAAAAUCAUUGAAAUGGUGUAAAAGUGUUUACCACAGAAAAAGUUGUAACCUCUGAAAAAUAUAUUGAUUCCUUGGACACACCCAGUUUGUGCAUCUCGGGUCUUACUCUAUCUAUCUGCCUUUGAAAGUAUGGUGAAGGGUGUUAAGUACGCAUUUGUUUUUGUCCUGGCCACCACAUUUAAGGCAAAAAGUGCUGCUACUGAUGAUGAAAGUUAUGCUCAAAAUUUCUUAAAAAAAAAUAAAGAUUUUUCCUUUGCUAUUGUUAUGUUAUGUGACCUUUAAGAUGGCCUGGGCCGAACAAAGUUUGGCCUUAUUACGUCACUUCGACAUUUAGAAAUGACGUUUAAUUUUCUUGUUUGGUUUUUGUCAAUAGAGUUGCCAAAAGUGUAUUAAAUGUUCACUGUUUUUGUGCCAGAGAAGUGGAAAACUUUUGUGUUCCUUCCUCAUCUGCAGCUAUUGUGGAUUAUCAACAUCAUUAUCAUCCCCUUUUUUGCCUUAUCUAGAGGCGAGCAGCUCGUUUUUUCUAUCACUAGGACUUGAGGUGUUACUGGUAAAAAGACUUUGCUGUGAAACAGAAAGCAAGCAUUCUACAUUUUUUCCCGAAAAUGGAUUUAAAACUUAUGCCAACUUUAAAUGUCAUUGUCCUAGGCUAUUAUUGUGGUGCUAAACUUUAAGACAAACAAAAACUUUGAAAUAAUUCCGCGUUUUUAAAAACAGUGAAAAUUAAAUUUUGUGUGGUGUGAUUGCGUCGUAAAAGUGCUACAUAUUUGAUCGCCGCGUUCAUUACGAUUUUUUUUUUGUUUUUUUUUUUUUUUUAAUUCUUCCCAUUUUAUUUUGUUUUACCUUUCUCUCUUUGUCUUUGCAGGAUGUGAAAAUCACUAAUGAAAUCUCUCCAGGUUUUUAAUAGAAAUAAAUUAAGAUCUAAUCAAUCUCUGAGAAUACGUAAGAAAAAGAGAGAAAAAUGUGGAAAAUAUUAGUUUUACUGGAGAAAACUUGUGUUCUUUGAAAUAAUACAAAAAAUAAAAAUCAAGCUUCAAAUUAAUCAUAUUACAAAAUAAUUUAUAAAAAUAAUACAAAUAAAUUUCAAGUUAAAGUAUUUAAAGCAGCAUCAUAUGAAAAAUUUUGAAAAGUGGUUUGAAUAAAAUUAAAUAAAUAUCUCUAUAUAAAUAAAUGGCAAUUAGUUUUAAGGCUUCAAGCUAAAUAAAUAAAUAAAAUAAAUAAUAAUAUAAGUGUAUAAAAAAAAAAUCCCAUUGGAUAAAUCUGAAUGUAAAGUUUUCAAAAAAAAAAGCAAAAUAAUUACAAAAAAAAAAUAAUAUUCAAUAUUAAUAUGCUAAGGUGAGAAAUAUUGAUGGCAAAAAUACAUGAGUGUUAAAAAUUAUACGAAAAAAAAUCCAAAAAGCAGAGCAAAUGAAAAAAUUCAUUGAGAAAAUGUGUUGCUAUAACUAAAGUAACUCUUUGGUGGCAUUAAGUGAGGAGGGAUAUUUUUUUAAAAGGAUCCUCUCCCCUCUCCUUGAAGCAGCAGGUUACACAUGAGGAUUUUGUGAGGUCUUGCUUAGAAAAAGAAUAUAUAUAUUAUACAUAGUAUAAAAAUCAAUAAAACUUGUGCUUGUGGUGUUGUGUUGGGUGCACUUUUGAAACGCAUUAGCGAAUGCAAUGAUGAGGCUUGAUCGGCUAAUAGAGUAAAUAAUUUCUAUGAAUUUCGGCAUGAAAUGGAAGCAGCCAUACGUUCAUCAGUACAGGUUGGUGGUCCUCAGCAGCCACCUAAUGGUGGUCAAAGUCAGCAACAACAACAACAACAACAGCAGCAGCAGCAGCAACAACAGCAACUUCAGCAUCACCAACAUCAGCAACAACUUCAUCACCAUCAUCAUUUACAACAACAGCAACAGCAGCAGCAACAACAAAAACAGUCUGCUGAUAAUGGACCAACCUCCCAGCAGCAACAGCCACCGCCCACACAUCAUACACAACAUUCACAACAGUCCCAGCACCAGCAGCAGCAACAGCAACAACAACAGCAGCAGCAGCAACAACAACAGGCUGCUGCCAAUAUGUCAGCCUAUCAGCAACAACAGCGGUUACCAGCUGGUGCCUCACCAAUCCAUAGGCCAAUUGCCGACACCACGACGUCAUCGUAUACGAAGGGGAUUAGUGGAGGCCUGGGGCCACCGCAUCCCCAAAGUAUACAGCAACAACAGCAACAGUUACAUGCCCAACAAAUGCAGCAUCAUCAUCACCAGCAGCAAUUGCAUCAACAACAUCAGCAGCAUCAACAACAACAGCAGCAGCAACACCAACAGCAGCAGCAACACCAACAGCAGCAGCAUCAACAGCAGCAGCAGCAUCAACAGCAUCAACAGCAUCAACAGCAGCAGCAGCAUCAACAACAACAGCAGCAGCAGCAACAACAACAACAACAACAGCAGCAGCAUCAUCAUCAUCAACAGCAACAACAACAACAGCAGCAACAACAACAGCAAACCUCACGUUCGGCAGCUAGUCCCUUGUCUCCACCACGCCCAGGUCCCGGGUCACAAGCUGCAGCAAAUGCCUAUGCUAAAUUCAAUGAUGUCAGCGCUGUACGAGAAGCACCACAGCGCUUCAUUUUGCAGAGUCCUUAUGGCAUUGGUCCGGGCGCACAAUAUCGCGAAAGCCACUACACAAGAAUACCGGCAAUGUCAUCAGUACAUCAGGAUUAUCGUGUGGCAGCAAUGGCAGUUGCAGGCGGAGUUCCCCCUCCCGGCAGUGCUGGAGUGGUUCAGGGACCUCCACCGCCUACUGUUAGCAUUAGUGCUCCUCAUGGUCUGGAUACAUUGCAUUUUUCCCAUCCGCCUGCGACUCAUCAAACAGUAUCGACAGGGUCAACGCAAUUGCUUAGCAAUGCGCCAAGCUCUGCCACUGGAGCGAAUACAGGCCUGCCCGGAACCAGUUCACCCCACAAUGCCAAUAAUGUUGCCCAACCACAACAACCUCCACCGGUCAGUAGUGGCGGCAACAUAAUUUCUAGCGGUGGCAAACGUAUGCUUUUGUCAACUCAUCGACAGCAGCAACAAUAUUCCAAUGACUUCCUGCUUGGGAAUACUGUGUCUCUUUCACCUGCAGCUGUUGCUGCUGCAGUUGCUGCAGCAGGCGCCGUCAUGACAGUGAAUCGGCAUGGACAACCUCAGGCGCCUCCACCUGAACCGGGCGGACCACAGCCCUAUAAAAAGCUGAGACUGAGUGAUGCGAAUAGUGUCACUAAUUCUUCAAAUCACCUGCCACCAACAACACAUCAAGUACAGAAUGUCCAACCACCUCCGCCUAGUCAACAACAGCAACAUUCGCAGCAGCAGCAGCAUCAACAACAACAGCAACGCCAAUCCUCUCCGGCAGUCGGCAUAUCUGUUGCCCAAGCCGCUGCUGCAGCGAAUGCUAUGCGAGUUCAAGCUUCGGCUGCUCAUGUGGGGCAUACUUCGUUGCCUCCACAUACGCAUUUAUCGGUGCUGCCGCCCUCUCAUAUUCCCCCGCAACCACAACAGUCACAGCCACCAACGGCGCAACAACAACAAGCGCCACCUCAGGCGUCCUCCUUGUCGCAAAACCAACCUCAACAGCAAACACAGCCACCUUCAUCAUCAUCAUCAUCACUAUCUAUGCAACAGCUGAAAGUAGAAACUCAGCAACUGCCUCCGCCUGCCACAGCAGCUACACCGCCCAUCAACAGAGUUACUCCUACGUCACUUGCGAUAAAUAGUGCUUUAAAUGUUUUAACUAACUCAUCAUCUGCUGGUGCGGGGAAGUCCACAACUUCUUCCUCUUCCUCCUCCGUAUCUGCAUCGUCAAAUCCUGCUCUACCACCUUCUUUGCCCGCGACAGUUAGCACCAGCACAACGACAAGUAAUGCCCCGGUAACAUCGUCAUCAACCGAGGCUUACCAUCCACAAGUUGAAGCGAUAUCGCCGACUUUACCCGCUGACAAUGCAGAAGAACGAGGACGCACUGCCAAAGAAGAGCUAUUAAUGCAAAUACAAAAGGUGGACACAGAAAUAACUGGCGCCGAUAGUUCUUUAGAUACAUUGAGGAAGAAGGAGAAGAGCCUUCUAGAUGUGGCAGCUGCUGCCAAACAGCAGAAGGAGAAGGCCGAAGCAGCCAGAAGAAAGGCCCUUGCUGAUGCCGAAGAUGAUGCCGCCAAUUCAUGGCGUACCCAAACACUGGCCCAAAAAAUUUAUAUGGCGAACCGUAAAACGGCCGCUGCCCAACAUUCCAUACUUGACAGCUGCGGUGAACGCAACUUCUUACCGUUGUACAAUCAGCCCAUGGAUGUAGAACAUCUGGCGACUCUGUUACAGCGACAUCAAACGACUAUCAAAGGCCCACUACUGGAACAUGUUCGAAAAAUAAAGCAUGACAGAUGGCUGCACAAUACCAAGCUAGUGGAGACCUAUGCUCAAAUGUCAGCCGAAUGGCAAAAACGUGUAGACAAAUCGGAGGCAAGCGCCAAGCGCAAAGCUCGAGAAGCUAAAAAUCGUGAAUUUUUCGAAAAAGUCUUCACGGAAUUGCGCAAGCAACGCGAAGACAAGGAACGAUUUAAUCGUGUAGGAUCGCGUAUAAAAUCUGAAGCUGACUACGAGGAAAUCAUGGACGGCCUUCAGGAACAAGCCAUGGAGGUGAGAAAGAUGAGAUCGUACGCCAUUAUACCACCAAUUAUGCACGAUGCUCAUCAGCGUAAAUACGUAUACCACAACGAGAAUGGACUUAUCGAAGAUAUGAUUGCUGUACACAAAGAACGAGGAGCCCUCAACGUAUGGACAGCUGGAGAAAAAGAAAUUUUCAAAGAAAAAUUUCUCCAGCAUCCCAAAAACUUUGGAGCAAUUGCUGCCAGCCUAGAUCGAAAGUCAGCACAGGAUUGUGUUCGUUACUACUACCUCAGUAAGAAGACCGAAAACUACAAGCAGCUUUUGCGAAAAUCUCGUCAAAGAACCAGAGCCUCCAAGACUUUACAGAAGACCCAACAACAACAGACUCAGUGUAUUAUAGAUUCAUUGACGACGGGCGUAACAACUCGUCUGCAAAGGGAGCAACAGCAAAAAACUGGUGGCCGUUCGGCAGCUGCAGAAAGAGAACGAGAAAGGGCUGAAAGGGAGAAAGCGGCUGAGAAGGCUGCCGCAGAAGCGGCGAAAUCGAAUGUCUCGAAAACAACGGGAACGAAGAUUGAUCCAGUCACAUCAAACGCUGAAUCCGCCUCCACAACAGUGGCCGAUACUACCACUACCACCACUGCAACCACCACUAACAUGGAUGCAUCCAAGACCCACACUAGUAUUGGUGGUAGCAAAUCUACAGCUACAACGACUUCCACAUGUGCUGCAACGACAACGACAACAAGUUCAGCGGCAACGUCUGGGGGAGCCAAUAAAUCACCAGCAACUGAUAAAAAUUCCUCAUCUGAUGAAGCAACAACUGAUACAGCUUCUGCCGGUACAGCUGUCAAAACGAAAUCCUCUGCCGAAUGUUCGAGCAAGGAGGAUGAAACAAAGUUAUCGGACUCUGGGGAUGCAAAAGAGGACAAGAAAUCAAGUGAUGCCAACAGUAAACCUGGUACUUGCGACCAAUUGUCCACGGCAGCUGCCACAAAUAACACCGCAAAUAGCAGUAGCAGUACAAAUGCAAAAUCGGACGGUAAUGCCACUUCUGCUGCUGCGACAAAUGCAUCGACGUCGCCCUCAACGACUGCUGUAACAAAUACAAGUUCAAAUCAUCCGCCCCUUUCGACGCCAAACGGCAUCAAAGCUUCUUAUGCCGCUGCCUUGGCGGCACAAAUUGCUACCUCCACUCCCGUAUUGGCAACGACAUCCUCCAGCUCCUCGGCGACAACAACGGCACCGGCGACAUCUUCGGCGGACAACGAAGAGAAGUCGACCAUGGGCAAUGAGAAACUACCGUCUGCCAGUGGCAAUAUAAACGCAAGUAAUGCGUCCACCACCACCGCUUCUGGAGGUUCAAUGGAGGCGAGCGGCAAUAAAAUCGGCACCACAUCCAGUAAUGUUACAACACCGACUACCUCAACGACAGCAGGCAAUUUCUUAGGCCAAAAGCUAAAAGUGGCACAGGUCGAAAGUCUUAUUGGUGCUGCUGCAACUGCUGCUAAUGCUACUUCAACAACAAUAACAACAAACAAUGACUGCAACUCAGAUGUUAGUGAUCCCAAAAAGAAGCGUCUUGAUAUGGACGGUUCGACGAGUAUAUCCAAUACAAAUGCAAACAAUAACACCAGCACCGUCAUUAGUCAUCAACAGCAACAACCUCUGUCUAAUUCUAAUAAUACUACAAGUACAAGUAGUAAUCCUGCCAAUUGUAAUAACAAUGCCAACAAUGCAAAUGAUAUUGCAGCUAUCGGAGCUGCAGAGCGCUCCUCUACGGCGAAUCUGUUAGCAACAGCUGUAGUUACAACAAAAUCGAAUGUGACGGUAACGGUGCAUGGUGCAUCUACCGUGACAUCUUCCGUCGUAUCAUCGAGUACAUCCACUUCCACCACAUUGUCAUCGGUAGCAAAUGUAGCUGCCACCACAGCAACGAUAUCGCUGGUUGGCGAUACAAAUGUAAUGGAUAGUAAAGAUAAACUUGCAACAUGUUUCGUUUGUAAAGCCGAAAACUGCCCACGCACCCGCCCACUCAAAAAGGGCCGUGGCCAACAGUAUGGCAUUGCCGAUGACACCAUACCUGUGGGAGCACGAGUCUGUAAUACAUGCCAAUGCAAAUCGGUACGCACUCGUUAUCCAAAUUGUCCUCUGCCAACAUGUCCCAAUCCCAAAGAUCGUGCCAAACGUUUGCAUAACAUACCAGCCCGGCUCUAUGAACUGGCACCCGAUGUACGCGAUCCCAUCGUGCAAGAGUUUCAAAUACCUGCCCAAGCAACGCGUUGCUGUUCGGCUUGCCUCAUGCGCAUACGGCGUAAAUUGGAUCCGCAUAUUAAUUUGACAGACGAAGAGCGUCGCACGGAUGGCGAUGAAUCCGAUGUUAGCACCUCGUCAUGUGAUGAGCGUGAACCGGGUGGUAGCGAUACCGCAUCGGUGGAGAGUCCCGAAAAUCCACAGCGUCAUAAUUCUCUCACCAAGGAUCUCGCUGCGCAAAAAUCUUCCGCGCAAAUGAUGGGCAUCAUGCAGCCGGUGGUGAGUGGUGGCAUGACGAUUGUUGGUAGUCGUACAAAUAGUGCCAAUGCUCCGGACACUACAUCAUCAUCUGUGGUUGGUGCUGCCGCUGCCAGUGGUGUCAACGUCGGAGUCGGUGUUAGUGGCGUUCAACAGUCUGCGCCAAUUAUCAAAGCCGACGAACGUUUGUUGCCUCCAUUGGGCCAUGCACCCAAGAAACAAAAGACUUCCGAGGAAUAUGACUCCUCGGCCACAGAAACCGCCGAUGAAGAGAAUGAAAAUUCUCCAGCCAAUCGUCAAAGUCCAAAAGUGAUAUUGAAUAGUACGAAUAGUAGUAACAGCAGUUCAGUAGUUGUGUCAACAGCGGCAACCGGUCUAGCACCGCCAACAAAUGCAGCAGUAAACGGCCCCAUGCCACAAUCAACGGCUUCCGAUUUACAAUCCUUUUUAGACACCGUCAUUGAGCGUUCUCUUAAGCAGACUAAACCGCCUCCAACUAAACCAACUAACCAAAAUCAAUCUAACCAGCAGCAUAAUGCUACCAUGUCUAAGCAACAGCAACAGCAGCAACAGCAGCAGCAGCAGCAGCAGCAGCAACAACAACAACAACAGCAGCAACAACAGCCUCCCAUGAGGUUGUCUGUUGAUUCUUCUCCCAACAACAAUACUAAUAACAAUAACAACAACAAUAGGCGCAAUGAUAUCAUAAGUAGUAGUAGUAGUAGUAGUACCAUCAACAAUAGCAGUAGCAGUAGCAACAACAGUAGCUCCAACAAUAACAAUUCCAACAAUGAUGUAAUGCUAGUUAGGGAAUAUCGCAAUGAUGGGUCCAUCAAACAUCAACCUCAGGCUCAUGGACAACCCAUUGGAUUGGGCGGAGGUAGUGGUGUUUCUGGCGGCGUGUCAUCGGUGAAUUCUGUGCAAAAUCUUAAUGUACGACAAUCUCAGGCACAGCAGCAGCAGCAGCAGCAGCAGCAACAGCAGCAAGUAAGUUCGAAUGCCUCAGUAGGGCCACCACUACAUCCAGAGAAUUUGGCUACGUUGUCGGUGGUGAACUCUUAUAUACCGGGGCAGCAUUUAAUGCCUGGAGCCGCCAGCAUAUUGCAUCAUCAGCAGCAACAUGAAAUCAAGGCUACCAUUACACCAGUACUAAAGUCUGGAAAAACAUCGACACCACCACAUGUGGUGGGCCCUCCUCCGCCAGACACAAUUAUUUAUCCCUCUCGCAACAACGAACCGGAGCCACAGACUUUGGAUUUGUCCAUUAAGAAGCCCUCCCGGGAUGGUCCUUCUCCUCACAACUCCUCUUCGCUGAACACAUCGUCAUCUUCGUCUUCUGUGAGUGACAGUGGCGGUGUGUCUCGCCAUCAGCAGCCACCUCCAAGUUCGUCGGUCAAGCAUGUGGGCAAUGCUGCUAGUAUGUAUCGUGGCUCAGAACCCACUUCGCUCAUCGGAGUUCCGCCCAAUCACACGUACCUUUAUCAUCCCCAUUCAGCAAAUGUGGGAGUGGGCAAAGUGCCACCACCAGGAUCUCUUUAUGUGUCACAAGUACCUGUCCCUAUGUCCAUAACACAACCGCCACCUGGUGUGUCAGUUAGUGGCGGUUCGGGACGAGGUGGUCCGCAAUCUCAAGCACCUUCUUCGCAGCCACCUCCGUCGCAUAUGCAAAUGUCGGGCCAACAUAAUAAAGGCAUGAGUGGUGUAAACAAGAUGCCACCCAAGCUAAGUCCACAGCUAAUACCACCCAGUUCGCAUGGGCAGGCACCGUCGCCGUCGCAGCAGCAACUAUUGGUUGGACCAAAGGGAUCAAUUACGCACGGUACUCCUGUCAAUAAUGCCGCUCAACAAAUCAUAGUGCAUUCGGCUACAGCUGGAGCCACGCUGAGUCCUAAAUUUGAUAAUUUACUGCGACAAACCCCUCCAUCUGGUGCUGGUCCUACGGAAAGCAAUAAAUUGGGCUCCAUAACCCAAGGAACUCCAAUACAUCUGCCAGCUCAUCUAGACAACAAAAGGCCAUAUGAAUAUGCCUACAAGUCAACGCAGCGCCAAAGUCCAGCCCAACAGCACCAUCCUCCACCGUCGCAGCAGCAGUCAUCGCCACAGGCGCCCCCACAAAAUGCCUACGGUGUUGGAAAUUACUCGAGAACUCCCUACACCGUGGAAACACCUCCUGUGUUGAGUACACGGCAGAUUGUCUUGCAUGACUACAUUACUUCGCAACAGAUGCAGGGACAGCAGCAACGUAAUGUGCCUCGAAGUGGAAGUGCAAAUUCUGGCGGGGCACCAGGAUCGGGUAAGGAAUCGCCAUCUCCGCGCAAUAGUACCACUGGAAUGGUUUACUACGAGAAGGAUAGGGGUCGGCCCGAGUAUACUAGCCGAGCUUCUCCUGCAGAACACAGCAACAGUACACCUAGCCCACAUCGUACCCCGCCACCACCUAGACAGGGUGUAAUCCAACGCCACAAUACGGGCGGCUCCAAACCACCAUCACCGGCAGCACCACCCCAAGGUCGGAUGCAUGUUGUGAUGGCACACAAUUAUCCGCCAGCCGGUCACGAUGCGUUCUCGUCAUUCGUAGAUCUGGCGGUACAGCAACCACAAUUGCCAGUGCCCUCCCAAAAAGACGAGAAAUCAUCCUCGUCAUCUUCUGGUUCAUCGGGACCACCGCCCCAGUCAUCUGCUCAACCGCAACAGCCACCGCCUCCCACGCAUCACGAUACCAUUCGUUAUCGUGACCACAUGGUCGCUUUGCACCAACAUCAACAACAACAAGCUAUUGCUGCCCACCAACAGCAAGCUGCAGUCGCAGCCGCCCAACAACAUCAGUUUAGGCAGCAGGCCGACAUGCAACGCCGCUAUGAUCAGGCCAAGCGUAUGCAUAUUGAGCGAGACCAGCAGAAACGCCAGGAACGAUUGCAAGAGCGGUUAGAACGUGAUCGUGAGCAGCGGGAUCGUGAUAGAGAACGAGAGCGUGAACGCGAUCGUGAAAGAGACCGUGAGCGAAGGGAGCAGGAACGUGCCGCCGAAGAACGAGAACGCGAUGGUCGACGCAUGGAACGAAUUUAUGCUGGCAAUACAGCAACUGCCGCUGCCGUUGCCGCAGCUACGGCCGCAGGUUCCCAUUACAUACGUGGCCCACCGGACUCGGGACCUCCACGAUCGAUUCCCGAUCGUGAGAGAGAUGCAUACCAUAGACCUAGCCACGCUGGACAACAAUCCACUGAGAGAAUACUUUCCGCCCAGAACAUAAUCGAUGCGAUUAUAAUAAGCCAGAUAAGCCAGACCAGCACGGAUCCCAACAAAAUGACCUCUAAUCGCGAGAUAUCGAGAAGUGCAUUUUACAAUUCACGAGAUAUUGGAGCACCACCUCCUCGACAUGCUUCAAAUGUCACUAUAUCCUCAUUACAAGCAUCGGAAAAUAAUGGCAAAUCUUCGUCCCCUAAUGUAAUAAACAUCGAGUUGGACAACGAUCGCACUAGUGUUGGGUCGUCCUCUUCAGGUGGUGGAGGUAGCGCUGCUGGUCAACAUGAGCCAGGACAGCCUGGUCAUAAUAUGCGCGGGGGCGUGCCGCAACCACCACCAACGUCACAGGUCCCUCCUCCCACCCAGUCUUCACAGAUGCGUACGAAAAAUAUUACAUUCGGCGAAUUGACCGAUACAAUUAUUACCAAUGAUUAUGGCCCCAAUCCCAUGCAUAUGCGGGCUUUACAUCAACAAAAUUAUUUGGCAUAUAUGCCAGAUCCGCAGGGUAUAGUAACACCGGAUAGAUGGAAAAUGAAUAGACGUGUGCUGAAAGAGGCUGAAGCAGCGGCAGCUGUAGCUGCCUCAAAGGGGGGACCACCAAAUCCGCAAACCAGUGUGAAUUCCAGUUCUGGCCCUGGUACCCCAACGAACACCAUGGGACGCUCCAAUACGCCUGGUGAUGAUCGAAGCAUCAUUCGCAUGCCUCAAGCUGUUAGUCCUCGAAAAUAUAUGCCCGAAUUUACGAUGCCAACACACGAAUAUCAUUACCAACAACAGCAGCAGCAGCAACAACAACAACAACAGCAACAACAUGGGGCUCCACCCCCACCGGGAUCCUCGCAUAGUUCGAACCUAAUGAGACAGCCACCGUAUGAUUCAGGGCCCGGUGGGCCAUCGUCCAGUUCAUCAUCGGCGGGUGGGCCGCAAGUUGUACAAAAUCACAGUUUCGACACCAUGAAGUAUGUGCAGAAUCGCAUUGUGGAGGUUAUGAGAACAGAAGAUGACCAUCGGGCGGGCGGUGUUGCUGGCAGUGGAGGCGGCGGUAUGACUUCGGUUAACGAUCAUGACCAUCAUCACAACGAUCACCGUCUCAAGGAGAGUCAUGAGCCACGCAAGACUCCAAAUCAAUACGAUGACAGAGAUGGUGGCAGACGAUCGGCCAAUAGUGAUUCUUCACAUCCAUCUAGUAUGGGGGGACCGGGUGGUGUUACCUAUCAACAGACGCCGGUGACAACCUUCGCAGCUACCACAUACGCUUAUCCAUACAGUGCAUUGAAUGUACCAAGUUCUGCAGGAGGUUUGCCACCACCACCACAAAUGAGUCUAAAUGCUGCCCAUCAAAUGCAAGGUGGUAGCGGUGGUGCAGCUGGGGCCCACAAACAACCAUCACAUAUUUUACACGGUGGCAGUGUGCAUGAUGCGGGUGGUCCCAAUUCCGUGGUGAGCACAACAUCAGGCAGUGGCGGCAACAGUGGAAAUGUGGGUGGCGGUGGUGGUGGUGGUGUUGGUGGGGGAGUACCCGGAGGCUCUGCCAAUGAGCCCAAACCUUUACUAUCGGCUCAGUACGAGGCACUGAGUGAUGAAGAUUAGUUGUGACUUCAGGCGUCUGC